CUAGGGUUUCCUGCCGCGCGCGUGAGGCGGGGAGCCGGAGAUGUUCUACUCGCAGUUCAUCUUGGCCAAGAAGGGCCCCCUCGGGACCAUAUGGAUCGCCGCCCACUUGGAGCGCAAGCUGCGCAAGAACCAGGUCACCGAUACCGACAUCGGCGUCUCAGUAGAUUCAAUUAUAUUCCCCGAGGUUCCAAUUGCGCUGCGGUUAUCCAGCCAUCUUAUGGUAGGCGUGGUCAGAAUCUAUUCUCGGAAGGUCAACUACCUGUUCCAUGAUUGCAGUGAAGCUUUGCUCAAGAUAAAACAAGCCUUUAGGUCCACUGCUGUUGAUCUCCCCCCUGAAGAAUCAACUGCUCCAUACCAUUCUAUAACACUCCCUGAGACAUUUCAUCUUGAUGAUUUUGAAUUGCCGGAGGCUGCAUUUCAGGGCGACAUUGAUCAUCAUGUAAGCGCAAAAGAACAGAUCACCUUGCAAGACAACCCAGAGAGAACAGCAUAUUCAACAUCCGAAUUUGGUUUAGAUGAAAGAUUUGGUGAUGGCAAUUCUUCACAUAUGGGUUUAGAUUUGGAGGAGGAAUUACUGCUGACGAAGGAUCACUCAAUUCAACUCGAGUCUGAUGAUGGUAUCAUCAUUCAAGGCCGGUCAUCAAUUCAUCUUACUGAUAUGGAUGUUGACGAUAACCCAAGUAAAGAUGAAGGGGCUGAAGGAUGCAACAACAUGGAUGAUGAACCUUCUACUCACAGCAAGCAUAUUACUAGCUGGACUGGUUACAAUGUACAGACCCCUGAUUUGAAUAUGCUAUUGCAUAAUGAAGAUGAUGCAGGGCCAUCAACGUCAUACUAUCAACCUAGUCCCUACCCUUUUGAUGAACCUGCGUCACCUGAGUUUGUAAGCGCUCAAGCCCCAGCCACACCUGGAUUAAUGGAAGAAACAGUUCCUUCCAGAGUGCAUGAAAGUCCUGUACUGAGCCCUCAACGAAAAGCUUCACCAUCAAGCAAUGAGGAAACUGCAAAGGCUGACAAUUUUGCUGCUCCACCCUCAGAAUUUCUCCAGUCAGAGGCUGCAAAGGCUGACAAUUUGGCUGCUCCACCCUCAGAAUUUCUCCAGUCAGAGGCUGCAAAGGCUGCCAAUUUUGCUGCUACACCCUCAGAAUUUCUUCAGUCAGCUGCAGCAAAUGCUAAUGAUGCUGUUGGUGCUGAGACGAUUGAUUUUGGAUUGGCCAAGCCUGUGCAAGUUGAAUCUUCUGGUGCUGUGCAUGAGAUGGAUUCUCCGAGGCAACACUGUUCAACCGAGGAUUUGCUGCCAGUACCACAAACCUCAAACCUGGAGGCUACCGUGGAUAAGUUGGUGCGAAAUACCGAUGAUAUAGCUGUAUCAGGUGAAACACUAACUUCUAAAGCAACCAUGGAAGGCGUUACCUUUGUUCAAAAUGCCUCAGAGCCAUUUGCUAAUGGUUCUACUGAGCCAUCCAUGAUAAGGAAUCCAACACAUUUCAAUGAGGGAUCAGUGGACGUGCAAGGGUAUAACAUGCCAACCAUGGGAGGCGUGCCCUUUGUUCAAAAUACUUCAGAGCCAUGCACUAAUGGUUCUGCUGAGCCACGCGUGACCGGUAAUCCAACACAUUUUAACGAGGGAUCAGUAAACAUGCAAGGAUAUAACACGAUGACUUCUAAUUAUUCAAUAGAACAGAACUCACAAAGAGCACCACCAGAAAUGGCACGCAAUAAUAUAUCAGUUGCAGAUUUCCAACAGAACGAUGGACCAAUAUUCCACCAGAACACUGGACCCAUAUUCCAUCAGAACGCUGGACCGAUAUUCCAACAGAACCCUGCGACAAUGUUCCAACAGAACCCUGCGACAAUGUUCCAACAGAACUCCGCGGGAAUGUUCCAACAAAGCCCUGGAACAAUAUUCCCACCGAACGCAGGAACACUAUUCCCACAGAAUGCUGGAACAGUUUUCCAACAGAAUACUGGAACACUUUUCCAACAGAACACUGGAACAAUUUUCCAGCAGAAUGCUGGCCAACAGAACGCUGGAACAAUUUUCCAGCAGAAUGCUAGCCAACAGAACACUGGAACAAUUUUCCAACAGAAUGCUGGCCAACAGAACGCUGGAACAAUUUUCCAGCAGAAUUCUGGCCAACAGAAUGCUGGAACAAUUUUCCAGCAGAAUGCUGGCCAACAGAAUGCUGGAACAAUGUUCCAACAGAAUGCUGGAACGGUUUUCCAACAGAACGCUGGAACAAUACCACAAUACAUGGCAUAUAGUGAUAGACCAAAUGCCUUGUCGACCUCAAAUUUCUUCCCAGAACGUGAAACAAUGUUGUCAGCUCCAGAUACUCAGUUCCACUUGACAAAUGACUUGGGGUUCGGGCAGGUUACUGCAGAGAAAGGAAUCACUGAAUCUGAUGGAAGUAACAAAAUAGCUAGCCUUACCAGCAGAAAACGUCACUUGGAGGACAGCUUGCCAGCUCCAGAGAGUAGGACUACUGUAAAUCUGUCUAUCACACCACAUGGUAAAAGACCUGCUGAUGCAGUUCCUAACGAUGAUGAUUUACUGGCAUCCAUUUUAGUUGGUAGAAGAACCCCUGGAUUGAGGCUUGAUUCAACACCAUUGCCGCCAAAUGCAUCAUCUUUGAAACGCCAAAGGUUAACACCAAAGACCACGACACCAAGGAUGACACCCAAGAGAAGAGUGAAAAUGGAUGAUGCCAUGGUCAUACAUGCUGAUAUUAUACGGCAGCAGUUGAUUAGUACUGAGGAUAUAAGGCGUAUCCGCAGAAAGGCUCCAUGUACUCGUUCUGAAAUAUGGAUGAUUGAGAAAGGUUCACUAGAGGAGGAUAUAUUCCGCGAGCCUAUAUUUUCCUGUAUGCGCAAAGAUCUGAACAAGUUGCAGUAUCGGACCUAUGGCAUUGUUCCUCACCCUACCUUACAUAACGUUGAACUACAAGGGAAACCAGACAUGCCUGAAACUAUUGCAGUAGAUACCGAUAAUGUUAGCAUUUCUGGUGCAAAGGAAAGUGCAACUCUUGACCACCAACUUCACAUGGUGCUACCGGAUGGAACUCGAUUAGAUGCUAUGCCGCAAGAAGCAACUGCUGCAGUUGAUCCUACGCCGCAAGAAGCAACUGGUGCAGUUUAUCCUACACCGCAAGAAGCAACUGAUGCAGUUGAUGGUACAGCUGCAUUUGGUUUGCAAAUGCCAUCUGACGAUCAUGUUAACAACAUUGAAAAAGUAACCGACUCCUUGUUUGGUGAUGGGAAAGAAACUCCACUUGUUAAUGAAACAAGUUUUGAUGCAAACAUCCCUGCUCAAGAUGAUAUACUGGAUAAGGAUGGUCGUCAAGAUACUUCAGCAGAUUUGCAGAGGAAUACAAAUGCUGAUACACCUCUCUUUGUGCUAGAUGACACCACCCAUGAUUCUGCAACUAGGGUAACAGAUGCUCCAGAUGUUGUUUUGGAUAGUUCUAGCCCAGCUCGUGCACAAGCGGUGGACGAUCUGAACGGGGAACAGAGGGACAUCCUUCACAGUGAUAUUAAUGUUUUUGAGGAUAAGGAGAUGCCCACUUCUGAGAUUACUGGACUGGAAUUCGCUCAGAAUGCCUCUGCUUUUCCUCAACCAACAGAGGAUGAGAAUGCUGUGUCUGCCAUGGGAGAAAAUUCUGGCUUGCAAGAAAACAACGCAGGAUCCUUUGUGGACAUGGACAACAUGGGCCAUGACUUUGCACUCAAGGAAUGCAGUGAUUUUGGCAGUGCAAUUCAUGAUGUCGACACAGAUUUUCUCAAUUAUGAUGAUGAUGGAGACUUUGAUGAGGCAGCAAUUGAUGACGAGCCAAAUCCUGAUGAGUUCCAGUCUCUUGAUGCACUUAGUGGUUGGUCUUCUCGUACCAGGGGUGUUGCGAGAUAUCUCAAGACUUUGUUUGAUGAAGACUCUGGUCUGGGGAGAAAGAAUGUUGCCAUUGAUCAUCUAUUAAGAGGAAAGACUCGGAAAGAAGCAUCAAGGAUGUUCUUCGAGACCUUGGUCCUGUCAACGAAGGACUAUAUUCAAGUGGAGCAACCGAACCCUUUCGACUUUGUCAACGUCAAGCCAGGACCGAAGCUCCUGAAGACAGAUUUCUAGAUCAAAGAUCGCCUGCCUAGUGUAGCGUGGCACUGAUACAUACACCUCACAAUAUGCGCCACAGCACCGCCGACAUACAGAGCGUGACACCCCCAUUUUUUGUUUGUUGUUGUUAAUUUAUUAUCAUCCUAUCUGUAGUAUGUAUCCUCCCGCACUAAUCCAUGCCUAGCCGAGUCAAAGUAGGGCCAUGUUGUUGGUUGUUGUUGUACUUUUCCAAUGUUUGUCACCCAGUGUACAUAUAUGAUUAGUAGCCCAUGUAAAGUUUAAUAUCGUGUAAUGUGGUAGCAUCAGCUGGAAGUUACUGCCUGUCGGUUUCUUGGAACAGUCCCUUGGAACUGCUUACAUCUGAACUCUGAGGAGCUGCUUGUCUAGUUAUUUGAAAGUUUCCUGAAGUUUCAAUACUGAA